GUCACACCCCACCAAGGAAAUAGGAGCCUCCUUCACGCUUACCAGAUAAAUAAAUGACCAGACUCCAUCAGAGUUCAUCACACCUAUUUGGAACUACGAGAGCAACAAUCAGUCCUCUGGAUUCUCAGUAAAGGUGCUGAGACAACCUCACCAUGACAGACCUUCAAGGAAACCCUUCCUAUGGAACACCAAGUCAUGAUGGCAGUGCCAGCGUAUAUUGCAAAAAGCCUGGAAGAUUCACACACAGUGAAGGACACUCCACCCUGGGUAUGACUCUUCCUACCAGUGUUGGAGAUACCUCAAAGAUGACUAUUGAAGCAAUGCCUCGACCUAUUUCUAUGGAUAUCUCUGACUUGAAUCAGCAGGUGUUGGUACUUCAAGGUGAGACUCUUGUGGCAGUUCCACGGAAGGACGAUGUGAAUCCAGUCACUGUUAUUUUCAUGCCAUGUAGACAUAAAGAAUCUUUUGAUCAUAGAAAAGGGAAUGUCAUUUAUUUGGGUAUACAGAAUCCGGAAAUGUGUCUAUUUUGUGAGGACAUUGAAGGGAAGCCCAUAUUGCAAUUGAAGGCACAGAAAAUACUUGAUCUGUACUCCAAUAAUGAGCCUGUGAAGCCUUUUCUCUUCUACCACUCCCAGAAUGGCAGGACCUCUACCUUUGAGUCUGUGGACUUCCCUGACUAUUUCAUUGCAUCCUCUGAGAAAGACCAGCCUCUAUGCAUCACGAACAAUAAAGGGGAGCAAUACAAUACCUCUUUCUAUUUUUCUUCCAAACUUUGAGCUCAAUAUGGAGAUGAAAUCUUUGUUAGAGGACUUUGUUUUAAAUUUUCUAGUUCACAGCAUAUUUUAAUCUUUACUAUCUCAAGGCUGUUUCACAUCAGUGGUGAGAGGUAAGCAGAGUCUGUUAUCAUUUACUGUAUGAAUGAAGGUGAAGUUAUGACUUCAUGGCAACCAAGGAAGAAAACAUGGACUCAGAAGUAGAAGAAAUGGGCUCAUAUAGGUUUCCUCUCAAAACGAAGGUGUCUAAAAAUCUUUGUAUGAGGAUGUUAGGACCCAAAGAUGGUAGAACUCUAUUUUGGGAUGGAUAUAAAACUGCUCCAGAACUCAUACCUCUGACUCCAGUUUCCUUGAUUGACAUAGAACUGAGCUUUUGUAUUGCUUUUCUUCUUUCCUUUAUGUAUUUCACUUUCCCUACUUUUGAUGUGUGCAACAAAUCUUUUUUAAAGCUUCAGGACUUAUUAAAAAAAAGCAAGCCAAAAAGA